AUGACAACUGCUCAACUAACCAGUAGUUUUUCAACAUAUACUGACAAUAUUAAUAAUCAUAUUAUUGAAUCAUUGGAAAAUGAUAUGAAAAAAUCAUCAAGGACAAAAAAUAAAACACGUAGAAACAGACGAUCAGGUUACUCACAUAUACGAAAACGUAUUCGAACAGCAUAUACAAAUAAACAAUUAUUUGAAUUAGAAAAAGAAUUUCAUUAUUCAAAAUAUUUAUGUCGACCAAGACGUGUUGAAAUAGCAUCAACUCUUGUACUAACAGAACGACAAGUCAAGGUUUGGUUUCAAAACCGUCGAAUGAAAUACAAAAGACAAUUAAUGUUAGAAGAUCCAAAAUUAGCUGAAAUUUUCGAUAUAAAUGAAAGUAAUAUAAAUAAUUAUUUUAAACAAAAUGAAACAAAAUGUUCAUCACAUUCAUGUUGUGAAAAUGAGAAAAAUGAUCAAUGGUUAAUGGAUCAAAUGGAUGCUGAUUCAUCAAAAACAUUAGAAAAAGAUCAUUCAAUAAAAUAUGAAAAUCCUAAAGAAAAAAAUGAAUCGAAUACUAUCAUGAGUCAACAAAUUCAACCAACUUCUUUAUCUUCACAACUUCAUAAAGUCCAACAAUUAUUACCAAAUAAUACAGCUAAAGAUGGAUCUCAUGAACAAAUAUUUACAAUGAAUAUGUCUCAAUCUAGACUAACAACUACUUCCGAUUGUAAUUAUAAUAAACAUUCAUCAUCAUGGUUUCAUGAUAGACAUCCACAUACAUAUUACUAUUCACAAACAUCUUCAUGUCAACAACAACAACAACAACACAUGACGGUAAAUGUACCUGAAGUAACUAAUGUUCAUGAUUAUUCCGUAUCAAUUUCGAAUGAUCAUUAUCAAAAUUAUAAUUUAUCAAAAAAACAAAAUAUUUAUUAUCAACAACAACAACAGCCAACAUCAAUAUAUAAUCAGCAACAAUAUUCAGAAAUAUUUAUGGAAAACAAUCAUUAUCCAACGUUUUCUUCUCAUUAUGAUUCUGUAAAUGAUCAUCCUAUAUCAUAUUCUUCAAUUGAAAAUACGCAGCAAAUGUAUGGACAUAUUUAA